AUGCCACCCAGGUCCACGGUUGCGGGGGGUGAAGCCGUGGAUAACGAGCAUACCCAUCCCGCGAGGAACGCGGGUCUCGCGGGUCUCGCGGAUCUGCCUUGUGAGAUCCUGAACUCCAUCUUUGCAUACAUUGGUAAAGAUGGGCUUGCCAAACUGGCUCGUGUCUGCGGAAAGUUUAACGUCGUCGCGUCUGCCCUGUUGUAUCGUCGUCUUUUUUGUCACUCGAUAUGCAUAGAGGAUGUCGUCCUUACGCACAAGUCGAUGGACACUUUCAACGCUAUACUCGAGACCAUCCACGCGUAUCCAGAGAAGUACGCCAACUUGGUGCAGACUCUGCAGAUCAACUCUGUGCCCCCUAAUGAGACUGAGCCCACACAGGCCUUGAGCCCAAAUCGGGAUGACAGUUUGAUCAAUCCUGGCAGAUUCUUUGAGAGCCUGCUGAGAAUCACUUUGAGUCGGACCUUGAACCUGACACGCUUCGAUUGGAACAUACGUGCUGAGCUCCAUCCGAGUGUGUUUCGCGCUCUCAGCCGCAUCGAUGCGUUGCAGCAUCUCUGCGUUCGCUAUCCCAAGAUUCCACAACUGGAGCUCACCGAUAAGCUCAUCGUGGAAGAGCUGCGAUCUUUCGUUAAGGAUGACCUCUCGAAUCGCGAGGGUCUGCAGAGCGACUACCUAUAUCCUGAGUCGAAUAAAACCAUGGCUGCGUACCGCGAGAUCAUAAUGCCUGAGGCUACAAAGACCUUGGCUCGACUCUCGGACCUCAAAUCUCUGGCGGUGUUGGACAUUGAAGACAUGCGUGCUAUCGUUGAGGUGGCCAAGUGCAUCGGCCAGAGCUAUUCCACACUCAAGACACUGAAGCUGUCCUUCUCGGAGGAGCGUUCCAUGAUGACUCGUCGACAGUCGUUUUCGUAUUUCAUGCCCGCCCAGAUCGGUCCCAACGUAGCCCAGAUGCAGCCGCAGACAAUCCCGGAUCUGCUAGACCAAGCCACUCCCACUUGGGAAGUCGUUUUCUUAGAGCAAUCCGUCCAUGAGACUGUCCUUGCUUACUUUCUCGGUGCGGGACCUCGCCUGGAACGGCAUGAGACGAAGCUGGGCCAGAAGAAAAUCCCUCAGAUGAUGAAUGACCCUUCGUCGCAGAGCGUGCAUGAUAGAGAUUUCGUCAAGGCCAUGGGUUUGCUCGCCGGAGCGAUGCCGAAGUUGAGCGCGGGGGACUCUGAGUUGUGGAAGUCGCUUCACAUACUCAAGCACGUCGAAAAAGCAGCAAAGCUAUAUUUACAGCUGAACUCGCAGUCCCCCCAGCCUGGAAUGCAGUCCUCACUAACCCGUCGUUCCCCGAGCAGUCGUACUGUCACUCCAGGACUAUUUGCAUCGAGCCGCAGCUUGCACUCGCUCACGGACGUUGCGGUCGACCAUCCUGGUGCUGUUGACCAUGACAGCAUUUGGAAAGCGUGUUUCGGUGACCUGCAGAUAAGCGUAUUUGAGAGGUCCGUUGAGCAUGAGAUCGAUAGUAGUAUCAAGGAAAAGUGGGCUCUCAGGAAUGUCAGGUCCCACGGGACUAGGACCAGGUCUACGUCCGCGGAAAGAAAGUCUCAUGAAGACUAUGUACGCGCCAAGCACGGCAUGACUCUACAGAACCUCUCCAUUCAUUUGAUUCCUGUGAACCCGUGCGUACUUGAAGCUGCUGUCGAUCUGGUCUCGCUCAAGCACCUGUCGCUAUUGAACGUCGGUUCUCAAACUUCAACCUGGAAACUGCUGCAGGACUGCAAUGAAGUGCAGCCUCUGCAGUUGGAGUCAAUCCACACCGACCAUGUUACAGAGACUUUCCUGGGGCUUGUCAGCACUCUGAACCGUGUUACAGAACUCUUCCUAUUUGAGCGUAGCAGCCAAGCUUUUCAUGCUCCUGGGUUCCACGAGACAAGCCUAGUCGGUAUCUCGGAAAUCCGGCACGACAUCCUGCAGCACCAUAUUAAGCAUCUGCGACGCCUUGUCAUUCGUAACGAUGAGCAGAAAAAGUGGGCGAUGGAUCCGGCAACAGUGUGUCUCGUCUGCACCAGGGGUGUAAACCUCAUUGAACUGAGCGUUGGAGUGAACACCAGUAGUCUCCACAUGAUGAACCAGCAACUCCCUGGGUUGACCUCGCUUGUUGCCCUGCAGAUGGACUGGCACACCCGCAGGACGUGCACCAGGACACUCCGGGCGGCGCACACCGGUAUCGUGGACAAUGUGCUUGGAAUCCAGAAGACCCGCAUUGAAUACGUUGCUAUGUGUUAUAGCAAGUCCGGGCCCACUGAGCACCGUGUGAUGCGCAUCAAAAACCGUGCUGCUCAGCUCAAGAGUUGGGCCGCCGGCGCCGGCGCCGAACUCAAUGUCGCCCCAGCGGUAGUCCAUGGCAAUUCACUGAGCGCGUACCAAGCUCACCGUGCAGCGGCGGUGGCAGGCACGGGAGUGGCGGAAUGUCCGUUCAUCGAUAUGCAGGACAUCGAGGGCAUCAAGAUGUGGGAGAGACCAAAUUGGAAGAUGAAACUGUAG